AUGGCCACUACCACGGACAAUAACUACGUCGGCGAAAAAUGCGAGUUUAAAGUAUACCGCCAUAAUACAAAGAAAGAAGGCAAACGGGUCGUGGAAGUUCUCUCCAAACCCUUUGAUGAUCAGGCUCUCGACGAAAUCGAUAGCCCCUACGCUCUUGUUAUCAACCGGUACUUUGGCGAUAAGAGCCAACUUGAGAAGACGACCCUAGACAUCAAUUCGAGUUGGCUUGUCGGCGUGUUUAGAGAAGUGAUUGGCUCUUAUCCUACAGUGCCUGCUGAUUUUCGCACGCCCUUCCAGCUUGAAAGCCCCUUCCAAAUAUUGCUUCACCACUGGGAAGAUCUGGAUGAACGCCGCCAAGCUACUCAACAUGCUGAGGAACGUAUGCAUCUGAAUCUCUUAUUUGAUUUUCUGGUCAAUGAGCUUGGCUCUGAGAGAGAGCGAUUACUGGGCAUGAUGCGAAAGAAUCAAAUUACAUUCAAGACCGCGUGGUCUAUCUUCCGUCCGGGAGAUUUGGUCUACUCUUCCUUCAUGGGACAUCCUUGGCUAUUGAGAUGCCAGAAAACAGCCUACGAGCAGAAUGUGAAAAGGGGUCCGUAUCUGGAGGUUCAUUGCGUUUUCUGCGAUCAUAAUGGUACCGUCGAAGGACAAGCCAAAAAGGUCUUCAAAAUAUACCAGAAAGAGAGCUUUGGAGCUGGAAAUCCUGCAAUCAUCACUGAUCUUCCCGUUUAUGCACGGAGGUUUGUUCAGGGCCAGGAAGGACUAGAAGAGCGACUUAUCAAACCCGGUCGGAAAUUCCUUUCCUUGACAGAAAUGUCAGUCAAAGCAUACGACGGGCCAGCCAAAUACCUGAAGGAGCCGUAUCACCGAUUUUAUGAUCCAGGCAUGGCUGACUGGCCUGGCGUUUGGUUGCCAUACACCGAGCUCGGACGAGUUGUUGUCGACCGCAAAUUGUUCCAGCAGGAACAAAUUUCAAAUGCAGAUUCAUUGAUUGUUGGUGAUCGUCAAAAAUUAGUGCUUCAGUCUCUAGUCACUUCGCACUUGUAUCCAGACGAUGCUCGCGAUCAAAUGCGACAGAAGGGCAAGGGCUUGGUCGUUCUCCUCUACGGGACUCCGGGCUCUGGCAAGACGUUGACAGCUGAAACGGCAGCUGAAGGCACCCGAAAGGCUCUGAUAAUGACUUCCCUUGGGGAGCUCAACAAGGAAGACAGUGCUUGGGCUUUUGAAACCCGCUUACGACUCUUGCUGAGAUAUGCUACCUUAUGGAAAGCGGUCGUCCUGAUGGAUGAAGCUGACAUAUUCCUUGAAGCAAGAAAUGACCACGGUGACAGCAACACACGGAACGCCCUUGUAGCUGUUUUCUUGAAAGAACUUGAAUAUUUCAGUGGAGUCGUUUUCCUGACUACUAAUCGGAUCAAAUCAUUUGACCGAGCCAUGAAGUCCCGGAUUCACCUUGCUCUCGAGUAUACGCCUCCUGGCAUUGAAACACGCCAGCAGCUCUGGGAGCAGAUUCUCAAAUCUAUCCCUCAAGAAGAGAUUGAUAUUGAUAUUGAGGAUGCCAUUGAUCAUUUUGUGGCAGCCAAGAUCAACGGCAGAGAGAUUGCCAACGCGGUCAAUACUGCAGGAACAAUUUCCCGGUUCGAAAAGAUCCCCCUCCAGCUGAAGCACAUCAACUUGGUGCUUGGUGUGUGGAGAGAUUUUGAUGACAGCUUGAAGCAGGCUGCGCAGAAAUCUGGUCAAGCUACGGAGAAAGGUGGCCGCAUGAUCGAUAGAGCAAAUUCUAUUUUUGAAGUGGAAGAGGAUGGCUUCAAAAAUUAA